CGCGUCUGCCGGUCCGUCCGUCCGCUGAGGCUGUCCGCAUCACCCGCACCGGCCCGUCGCUGGGCGGUGGACUCGGGGCCGGGGUCGCCCUGUCGACGGCAUGGCCCCUUUCUGCCUCAAUUGCUCCACCCUCCCUGAAGACUUGCCCCCAGAGAGUACAAGGAGCCCUGUCCCCUGCAAUGGCAGUAGUGCCUGGGGGCCCUUUGAACCCGAGGACCUGAACCUGACUGACGAGGCGCUGAGACUCAAAUACCUGGGACCCCAGUGGACAGACCUGUUUGUGCCCAUCUGUGCCAUGUACCUGCUGAUUUUCAUGGUGGGCACCGUGGGCAACGGGCUGACCUGCAUGGUCAUCCUAUACCACAAGACCAUGCGCACGCCCACCAACUACUACCUCCUCAGCCUGGCAGUGUCGGACCUGCUGGUGCUGCUGGUGGGCAUGCCCCUGGAACUCUACGAGAUGUGGCGAAACUACCCCUUCCUGCUGGGCGCCAGCGGCUGCUACUUCCGCACACUGCUCUUUGAGACAGUCUGCCUGGCCUCGGUGCUCAAUGUCACCGCCCUGAGUGUGGAGCGCUACGUGGCCGUGGUGCACCCACUCCAGGCCAGGUCCAUGCUGACGCCGACUCACGUGUGCCGUGUGCUUGGGGCUGUCUGGGGCCUCUCCGUGCUCUGCUCUCUGCCCAACACCAGCCUGCAUGGCAUCCAGCAGCUGGACGUGCCCUGCCGGGGCCUGGUGCCCGAUUCUGCCAUCUGCACCCUGGUCCGCCCACAGGCCCUCUACAAGCUGGUGGUGCAGACGACCACGCUGUUCUUCUUCUGCUUGCCCAUGGCCACCAUCAGCGUGCUCUACGUGCUCAUUGGCCUGCAGCUGAGGCGCGAGGGGCUGCUGCUCAGGUGGGAGGCCAAGGGCAGGGGCGCCGCCGAGGCCAGGGCCAGAGACACCUGCAGGCUGCAGCAGAGGCUGCAGGACAGGGGCCGGAGGCAGGUGACCAAGAUGCUGUUUGUGCUGGUUGUGGUGUUUGGGAUCUGCUGGGCCCCGUUCCAUGCCGACCGCCUCAUGUGGAGCUUCGUGUCGCACUGGACAGACAGCCUGCACCUGGCCUACCAGUACUUGCACGUCAUCUCCGGUGUCUUCUUCUACCUCAGCUCAGCCGUCAACCCCGUGCUUUACAGCCUCAUGUCCAGCCGCUUCCGAGAGACCUUCCAGGAAGCCCUGUGCUUUGGGGCCCGGCGUUACCACCGCAGACCCUCCCACAGCUCCUACAGCUUCAGCAGGGUGACCACGGGCAGCACCCUGUGUGACAUGGGCUCCCUGGGCAGCAGGGCCCUCCCUCUGGCUGAGGAGGGUGCCCCAGAGGGGCCGCAGGAGACUGACCUCCCCUGAGGGAGCCUCAGAGCAGCUUUACCGGGAGGUGAGAGGGCCACAUGCAGUUUAAGUGGCCUCUACUUGCCUUCUUUUGCAGAGACGUCUUCAUGACUUGCUCCCUUGUAUCUUGUUCCCACUGCAGCCUAGAAGCUCUGACCAACACCUCCGUGACUCCUGCCCCAACCCAUGUGUCUGAGAUUGAGGGCAACCCUGAGAGAAAGAGGAGUGAUCUCUCUGAUUGCUGAGGACCGCUUUUCAGCCAGGCGCCUACUGUCUGCUUUUCACCCCUCAGAAGGGACAUAAAGGUGCAGCCUGCCCUCCAAACCCCAGUCUGCCUAGUUAAAGUGCUUCCCUGCAGAAACAUGGCCGUCAGUUAACAGAAACACAGCAACACUGCCAUUCACCUGCCCCAUCUCCAAUUUCUGGAACAUUCCCACUGGACCCUGCUUUCUUCCUGUUUCUUAUCCAGCCUCUGUGAUUCUGACCCAUUCUGUCCCUCUCCAGCUUUCUACCUGCACCUGCCUCCUUCCACUGAACCCCACUGGACCCCAGUACCCUUGUUCUGCUCUGCGAUCUCUGCCUGGUGGGCUGCUGGGGGGCAGGGGCGCCUAGGGAUCCAGGGAACGUGGCUCCAAUCUCUGCCACCACUUCAUCAUGUUCAAAUAAAUCGCCUCAUCGUUCCAGGCCUCGGUUCUCAAACAAAAAGGGCCCCGACACUCUAUAGUGUCCGCUUUGGCACUUUACGCUGCGGUUUCUGUGUGUGCAGAAGACACUGCUUGUAAAGAAAUUGCUGAUACCCUCAGAUUAGCAAGGCGGAAAUUACUCUCUGCCUUCUUAGCGCUCCCACCCCCACUUCCUCCCUGACCUCCACAUGCUCCCCACCUCCAAGAGCAGUGAGGACUUGUUUUUUGCUUAGGCUAGCAAGUGUGGGAGGGAUAGGAGGAGGUAGAAUGGGGGGCCUUGGCACUGAACUGAGGGCCACAUGUGAGCAGAGCCCCUCUGCCUACCCCCAGCCUCUCCUCCGUGCAGGCAGCUUGGGAGGUGAGCAGAGGGCUGGACCUGGCUGCCCAGAGUAUCUCCGGGGGGAAGAGAGAGACAUGGGCUGGCCAAGGGCAAAGAGUGACCUGGUGGUCAGGGUUCUGCUUUGGGCUCGAGGAGGUGAGGAGAAGGAAGGGAUGAAUAACUCCAGAAACUAAGUCCCAUCCUGAGUCUCCAGGGGCCAAUUCGGUGCUCAGUCAGGACUCAGUCAAUUGAUGAAGCUUGUCCAGGGGGUCACCCAAUCCUGCCACGAGGAAUUGGAGCAUCCCUGGGAUCUGUCCUCCUGAGAGGAAAUGGGAAUUGAGGAAACCCCAGCACCCUGGGGAACUGCAGGAUGACUUGGAUGAAGACGGCGCCGUGCUGUUGGGGCGUCGUUGGGGUGUCGGUCGACAAUCCCCCUACAGAAAGCUCCCAGCCCAUGCCCAGGUCCCUGCCUGUAAAUGGAGCAGUUGUACAGGGUUGCAGAUAGUAUCGGUUAGUUUUUUAAAUUCAAUUAUAGAAAUAAUAAAUGCUCAUUGUAGACAUUUGGAAAGCGCAAAAAUGAAAACAAUUUUUAAAAGUAAAAAAAUUACCCAUAACCUUGCAGUCCCUGGGCUGUGCCAGCAGGUAAUGUGCUUGGCUGCUAACCAAAAGGUUGGGUGUUCGAGUCUACCCAACAGCGCCUCCGAAGAAAGGCCUGAAAAUCUACUUCUGAAAAAUCAGCCAUUGAAAACCCUGUGGGCACAGUUCUACUCUGACACACAUGGGGUUGCCAUGAGUCAGAGCUGACUUGACUGUUGUAAGCCGGUACCUAUAGCCUUACUCUCCAGAGGUCACCAUGGUAUGUAUUUUGGCAUGCUUCCUUCCAGUAAUGUUUUAAUUUAGUUUUACUCAUAGUCUGCACACAAUUUCUGUCUUACCUUUUUCUCGGCUGACAUUCUAUCCAAGCUCAGGCUGCACUCCUAUGACUUGUGGGCUGCACUCAAAUGGCCUUGGCCAACCCUGGGUGAGUCCCUUCCGUCUCACCCAGGCCACUGUGGGGUGACUUCCCGGUAAGACUCUGAUCCCAUCCAGUCUGCUGAACUGGGAAGAGGCUGGCAAAACCCUGACUGCCAGGAACAGAGGAGCCAGUCUGAUGCGCUGGGGGCAGCCUCCCAGCCUGGGCUGUCAAGCGUGAGGAGGCUCAGCUGGUGUGGCUAUAUCAGAGCAAGGAGGGGCACAGGAGCGGUUGAGGGGAUGCCAAGGCUCCCAGAGACAUUGGGGAGAAGUGGUGGCCUCAUGGAGGCCAGAUCAGGGAUAGGGGGGCUACUUGGGAGGGGCCUUGGGCAUGUU